AUGACAAUCUCAGCGAUGGGAAAGAAAAAUGUGGUUUUGGCCGUAGCAAUGUGUCUCUUUCCCUCAAGCUUCCAUGAGGUUUCUUGCCAGGUUGGCGGAAGCAGCGAAUUUGGAACGUUAGAUAGCCAAGAAUCUGAAUCUAAUGUCCAAACCUUCGAAGGGAAAGCGACAUCAUCUAUGUCUCACUCGGUUGAAGCCGAGUCUGAAGCUGCUAGUAGUUAUGAAGCGGGUCAAAGUUCGAGCAGUUUGGACAACAUCAAACGUCUAAUGGAAGGUUUUAAUAAAAAUGCUGGAUCUGAAGCUGAAUUAAUGGAUGCUUCUGAAACUGGUGCAUGGCGCUGUAUUAACCCAAACAAAGAUGGUGUUAAGGGAGACGAUUCUAUAGUUAUACCAAAAUAUGACUUAAAUGACAUUAUCAAGGAAGAAUCCAUUAAGGGCUCCUCGUCAAAAACAUCUAGUCUCAUAACAUCACUGACCGAGAUUGUUGAUAAUCAUAAGAAAGGGCGAUGGACAGAUGUAACAUCAGAGAAAGUAAAAAAGCUAAAAAUGACUCUGAAAAAGUAUGUUGGUAUAAAGGUGCGUGAUCUUGUGCAUCGUUCAGAUUACGAGGAGAUAUUAACAAUGGCUGCACUUUAUGAGGAACUAACCCGAGCUAAAAUAACGUACAUAUCGAAGCUGGCCACAUAUGGGGCUGUGAUAAGAGAAGGAUUCAAGGCCUCUCAGCGAGUGAAAACUGUACACCAACAUGUCAUAUUGCAUGAAAACAUGGCCAUAGAGAAGCAAAAAAUGGUGGACGCUGAGUUCGAGUUAGUCAAGGCUUUGGCUCAGAAAGGAGACAAUUUGGCCGUUCAAAUAUUCGCCAUGAAGAAGGCAGUGUUGAAGCUUGAGGCUGAGAAGAAACAAGUUGAGAUUGAAUUUCAGAAGAUUGUUGAGAAUUUUUCACGAAUUCUAGAGGAAUCGUCUCAAGCAUAUGAGAAGCAUCGUGUGGAUUUGCGUGAGUGGAAGGAGGUGCAAGCAUCUUAUGAAUAUUCACUUGAAACUGUUGAGAAGGCAGAUGUGGUUUGGGUUCAGUUUCUCAACACUCUUACUUAAGACAAACGUUGUCUAAUUUUCUUGUUCUCUUCUCUUUUGAUUUUCACACUUUUUAUCUUGUUUAUGUUUCAUAAUUUUCCUGUCAGUACCUUUCA